AUGGACUACCAGAACCGCGCAGGGUCCAAAUUCGGCGGCGGCGGCGUCGCCUCCCAAUCCGCCACAAACGCCGACAGACGCGAACGACUCCGCAAGCUCGCUCUCGAAACAAUCGACCUAGACAAAGACCCGUACUUCUUCAAGAACCACGUCGGCAGCUUCGAAUGCAGACUGUGCCUGACAGUCCACCAAAACGACGGGUCGUAUCUCGCGCACACCCAAGGACGCAAGCACCAAACGAACCUUGCGCGGCGCGCAGCGCGCGAAGCGCGCGAGGGGAAAAAUGCAGACCCAAAUGCUAUCCCUGGCGCCAUGGGCGUGCAGGUGCGCAAGCAGACGAUCAAGAUUGGGCGGCCCGGUUACAAGAUUACGAAGAUUCAGGAUCCCUUGACGAGGCAGUUGGGGUUGUUGUUUCAGUUGCAGUAUCAGGAGAUUACGCCCGGGGUGAAGCCGCGGGUGCGGUUUAUGAGUGCGUUUGAGCAGAAGGUUGAGGAGCCGCCGGAUAAGAAUUUCCAGUAUCUUGUUGUUGCGGCGGAGCCGUAUCAGACUUGUGGGUUUAAGUUGCAGGCGAGGGAGAUUGAUCGGCGCGAGGGGAGGUAUUGGAAUUGGUUUGAUGAGGAUAGUAAGGAGUUUUGGGUGCAGAUUAUGUUCAAGACAGAGCGUGAGGAGAGGUUUAGUGGUGUGCCUGGGCUGGCACCUAUGGGGGCUUCUUGA